GGCUAUCAUGAGUGAGACAGCUUAACUUGGAGGGCAAGGGGACGUAAGUCUGGGCACCUAGUUGGAGACCAGUUGGAAAUCCUGCAAAUGAGUAAUUUCUUAAAGGAUCCAGCGGUCAUUUUUUCCCCCUUAGAUCCUGAAGAACUGGGGGACCUGAAUCUGAGGGUGAAAAGCUGAGGCCAAAUCUUCCGAAAGGCAACAAGGGUAGCUGCUAAUGCAAUAUGAUCCUCUGGGACUCGCUCUAAAAAUACCAUCCAGCCAGGAGUACAUGCGCAAGCUACAUACACCUAAUUGGAGAAAGAUUAAACAUUUUGUUUUCAGCUUCUCUAAUUGGACAUCUCAAGGAUGUUAGAAACGUAUUCCAAUACAUUUAUGAUGCAGAAAACCUUUUUUGUGACAUUUCUAUGUGCCUGAAGGCCUUUGGGGAAGUCUUCUGUUAAUGCAGGUAGAGAUUUCCUCUUUUUUUUAAGAAAUCAUUUGAUAAGUAAAUAUUGCAUUUAAUUGGUGUAGAUAACUUAAAUCUGGAGUGGAGUCUUACAUUUGAUAAUAUUUAUUCGGAAUAUGUUUUCCAUAUCAAAACUCCAAAUUAUAAAAGGCUGUUUUAUUUUUGGACAAUUUAUUGUGCAUUAGAGAUACUUAUUAAUGUAAGUUUAAUUGAAGCUUCAGUCAGUUUAGUAACGUGUAGCAGUCCAUAAAGAAGCUCUCCACUGGAUCAUGAGGAAAGCUGAGGUCCAGAUGACCUUGAAGAAGGGGGCUGAUGAAGAAGCAGGAGGAAUGGCACCUCCCAGCCCCAGGAUACCAUCGAAACGGGCAAAAGUUAGUUCUGAUCAUGUCGUACCAGACCCUGCUGCUCCUGUGUACCCAACCCCAACUCCUCCAGUGUUCAUCCGGAAGAUGAGGAACGCUGCAGUAGGCACUGGCUGUGAUAUCCGUCUGAAAGUGGCCGUGGCUGGAGACCCACAACCUACCCUCUACUGGUACCACAAUGAUGACCUGCUCAACAUGGAUAACCAGGAAUACGGAGGCCUGUGGAUCAGGGAUUGCAAACCUAGUGAUGCUGGCCUCUAUACCUGCAUCGCCAACAACAAUCUUGGAGAGGCCAGAAGCAGUGCUGUCCUAGCCGUUUUGGAUUUGGGUGAAGACUCUGAGACUACAGAAGACGAAGCCGCUGAGCCACAAAUACCCCUGGAAGCUAAAGAAGGAGCUAGAGGUUUUCAGGAUGAGGCCCAACGAGUGCCUGCAGGUGAGAGAAUGAUGGAUGUCGGCCCAGAUGCGAGCGAUCGCUGGGCCGCCGGUGAGACCACAGUGAUGGAGAAGGAAGCUCUAGCCCUGGGAUCAAGAGCUCUGGGGACACAGUCAGCCAGGCAAGCCAACAGCCGGGAGCCGACGGGCACCCAGAUCAGGCACCUAGGGGUCGAGCCUCUGAUUCGAGCAUCACGCGCCAAUCUAUCCCGACCGGUUUGGGGGUCAGAGGAAAGUGUGUCUUUAGCUAGCGAUUACUAUGGUAGCACAUUCAGUCUUUAUAGAGGAAGGACUUUUUCUGUACCCCUGUAAGUAAACCUUCCCAAGUUAAAAUAAACCGCAAUCAGCCACAGCCCACAAUAAGCAGUCCAAAACACAGAUAUAUAAAUAGAUCCCUCAUCAAUAAAUAAACAAUCACAGCCCCACUCACAGAGUCACAAGAGACCCUUGCUCUAACAUGGUGUCCCCUGUAAGUGUUAAGGAUGGGAGAGGGCUGAGAACAAGACCCAGGCUGUAAUUCUUCCUCUGUCUCUCUCUGUAUUUGAGCCCUGUGUUGUGGUGGCCACACAAGGCAGCUUACAUCACCACAGGAAUGACAGAAGAUACAAUGAGUGGGCUCUCUGUGUUUGGAUGAGGUUCAGCUUAACCCACAGAGUGUAGAUCUGUGUGAGCUGCCAAAAGCCUUACAGUUAUACGUGACUCAUUCGCAAGUGGCAGCGCGUUGUUUUUAUACAUGUAUUAUUUCAUUUUUGGAGAGCAGAAUCGAAAUGACACCGAACAACUUCAGUUGAUGCUCAUAUUAGUUGCACAUUAUCAUAGAUAGAAUUUUUCAUGAUAUGGCAAUCUAAUUGAUUUGAUUUCAUGCUUAAGUCAUUGCGGUGGCAGUGACAUGAUAAAGGUCUAAAAUUCACCCUAAAUAUUCCUUAAAAUAUCCCAGAUUUAUUGCUGUAAAACUGUAUUUUGCAUUAUUUUUUAUUGCAAAACCAUUUCACUGUUUUUCAUCGCAUCUUAGUGAUAAAAAGCACAUCUGAUUUGUUACUUCAGAUGAGCCAGUCUCGCUUUACGUCACAAAAACAUCAAAACAAAUCAGAAUUUGAUUGUGUUAUAUAAAUUUCUGUGGCUUAAUGCAAUAAUUAUUUCAUGUUCUGGAUAAAAAAAAAAUACCUUAGUCAUCCUAAAUAAACUUCUGAUUGUAAAAGUUGUUAGAAGAUGUGUGACUCGUAACAGGUGUUUUCUUACUGUUUGUAGUCGGUUGUCUGUCUUGGAUUUGAAUCGCUUUUGUCUCUUACAUCAGACUAUCGUUCUUACAAUUUGACUUAAAUUGUAUUGUUUUGUUAAUGAUUGGACAAAAGCCAGUUUGCCAGGUGCUGGCUGUAAUGUAUAAGCAUAGAUAAGCAUAGAUACUGUGCUGGCAAUGAUGUAUAAGCUUAGAUAUUUUUCUGGCUAUGAUGUAUAAGCAUAAAAAGAAAAGAUUGAUUGUAUCUUCUGUCAUUUAUCACUCUGUAGCACUCUUCUUCAUCCAUGUUUGAGCCAGGGUUGACGGUCUCACUCUUAGAACCAAACGUCACUCAAACUCUCCUUCAAAUUUUAGUUUUCUUAGUAUAUUAUUACCCAGAUUUUCAAAUUUCAUCCCACUCUCUUUAGCAUUGAACAAUCCCAGGCUUUGCAUACUUUCAAGCCCGCUGUUAUCCAUUAGUUUCUGUUUUCCAUCACCGUUGUUUGAAUCUGCUUUUGAUUUGCUGCUAAUUGGUAUCAUGAAUGUGUUGAACCAAAAUCUAUUGGUAAUGACAGUCUGUUCCAGUUUGUGCCUAACACUAAAAUAACCUUAAAAGAAGUCAUGGUUCUGUUAGGUAAUGACCUGGCCUUUAAAGCAGUCAUCUUAUAAUCUGUCAGAUCAGUCACAUUAUGUACAAACUGAGAUGCUGAGAGCACAGUGACCUUUUGUGCAGGUCAACAUUUUUGGAAGCUGCUGAAGGAGUCUAAGAAUAGAUCAUCUCUGGAAGUGCUGCUGUAGGCCAAACUGUUAUAUCUGAAGACAAAGCAUUUAAAUUCCAAAAUAGUACUCGCUGAGUGCGCUUAAUGUGAUGCAUCUUCCAUUGGUUGUACGCUCAUUCUGUUUGUGU